AUGGGAGACAACUCACAUCCACCUCCCCUAGACGGGGGCUGGGGCUGGAUGGUGGUCUUAGGUUUUUUUGGCUGUAACUUUUUUAUGGUCGGUAUAGCUAAGUCCUUUGGUAUUAUGUUGGAGGAGCUUGUCGUCUACUUCAGCACAGACAUUCCCACAGCCGCCCUUGUCAUGGGUGUAGCUGGUGGCAUUUACACACUCGCCUCUCCAUUUGGUUUAGCCUUUGGCCAGCACUUUUCUCAGCGUGUCGUCGUGAUUUUUGGUGGAAUGAUGGGCUGUUUUGGAGUGGCUAUGUGUUACUUUGUCCUCAGCAUUGAGUACGUUAUCUGCAUGUUUGGAAUCUUUGCAGGUCUGUCCAAUGCCUGUUUAUUUGGCAACGGUUUGGUGAUGCUUGGUUACUACUUUGAGAAACGACGGUCUUUGGCAAAUGCCUUGGCUCUCAUUGGUGCUAGUGUUGGCCAGUUUGCGAUUCCUCCCAUUCUUCAAUACCUCCUUGAUACCUACACCAUUCGAGGAACUUUCUUAUUUCUGGGUGGUUUCUACCUGAAUCUUUGUAUCUUUGGGUGUCUCUACCGACCCAUAUCUUUCUACACCAACAGGAAAAGCAGAGAUGUGGAGGCAAAAUAUCUUGAUCAAAACAAUGUUUCAAAUUUUGAGGCAAACUGUAAUGAAAAGGAAGCAUGCCUUGACAGCAAGCCUGAGACUAAGCAGAACUGUCACAAUGUUGAGGUAGGGGAGAUUGCUUUGUUAAAAACCGACAUGCGAUAUGGACAUCUUUCUAGUACUGGAAGUCUAAUGAUGGGCUCAAUGGAAAGUCUAGGGCAAGUCGUAAUCCCGGACACACUACAGCCAGAAACGAAAAAACAGAAGUCCUCCAAUAGUGUGGUUGCAUGUGGACUGAACUGUCCAAAACUGAUCUACUGGUCGGAGUUCAAAAACCCGGUAGUUGUCAUAUAUACACUGGUCAGUUUCUUUCUGUUCUUCGGCUACUUUAACUUCAUCAUAUUCAUGCCUAUUGAUGCUGCCUCCAAGGACAUUGAUAAACACAGGAAGACCUGGUUAGUGUCCAUGUCAGGCAUUGGCGACCUGUUAGGUCGUAUAUUCAUUGGUGUUUUAGGAGAUUUGAAUCUUUGUAAGCGAUACAAGAUAAUGUCUGUGAUGUGUGUUAUCUGUGGUUCCAACAUUAUCUUAUACGGAAUUGCCACUACCUAUUGGUGGAUGGCCAUCCAUGUUGCUGUGUACGGGUUUUCGGGCGGUGCUUAUGUUGCUAUCAAUGCUGUGGUGCUGAUUGACCUCGUGGGCCUGGAAGUUAUGCCUAGAGCUCUAGGUAUGAUCCUACUUAUCCAGGGAUUCGGUGCUGCUAUAGGACAGCCAUUUGAAGGGUACAUCAAGAAAGUCACUCGGUCUUUCCAAACACUGACUUACCUCAAUGGUUUCUGUAUGAUCUUUGGAGCAGUUAUUCUCUUCAUACAUCCCAUGAUAGUGCGACUGUUUGAGACAACUGUUGAACCAUCACCAGAUGAGGCUACCAUCAUGGAUGCAUCGACUAUGGUUGAUAAAAGGUCCACAGAAAACGGAGAAUCAACAAAGUGA